AUGACAGUCUCCUACAAGGGCCUUGAUUGUCUUGCCGACAAGGACACGGCUGCUUUUAUGAUGUAUCAUAAAGAAUCACAGGCCAAAGUUGCCUGGAUGGAUCAGCCCCACUACGGUAAGGUAACCGUGUACUUUGGAGUUGCAACCAUUUUUCUUGCACUUCUCAAGCAUGUGUGGUUUCGGUAUACUGACCGAAGAUAUUCUUCUGGACAUAGAUCUCCUUCAGGUCUUUUGGCGUCGCUUCUCUACGUGAUAACUGGUUAUUGUCGCUUCUUUGGCUAUAUACCUACUCCCAAGUUCUUGGUGAAGGUGUUUUCCUUUCCAUCAUCCAUAGGAAAUCUGCUAUUCGCUAUAUCAACCUCAGUCUAUUUGCUUUGCUAUUGCCUUGUUCCUCAUUUCUGGUACCGUGCAUGUCGAGGCUUCGGCUCGCCUCCACUUGCUGUCAGGGCAGGAAUUAUGUCCACUGCCUUGACUCCAUUCAUAUUCGUCUUGGCUGGCAAAUCAAAUACCAUCUCAAUGUUGACCGGAAUAGGGUACGAAAAGUUGAAUUGGCUACACCAAUUCAUCAGUUUGGCAUCGUGUGUACUAGCCAUUAUCCACACUAUCCCAUUUAUCCAACAGGCACUUGCUGAGGGAGGAACUUCAAACUUGGCAAAUGCAUUCACUGACAAUAUCUACAUCAAUGGUAUUCCUCCGUUGGUUCUUUUGAUUUUACUUUGCUCAAUGUUCAGAAAGGAGAUCAGAAAGUACUUCUACGAGUUAUCAUUCCAUUUCCACUGGAUGAUGGGUUGUGGAUACUUCGGAACUCUCAUGUAUCACGUCUACAAGCAGCUCAACAUGGAAAGGUAUCUCUGGGCUACCUUGGCGUUGUGGAUGUCACAAUUGUUGUAUCGCUUGUUCACUUCGGGGCUCGUGAGACCCAGACCAGCCGAAAUUCGCAAGUUAGAUGAGACAACAUUCGAAAUCACAAUCCAUGAUAUAAAAAACCUCAAAUGGAAACCAGGGCAGCACGUCUUUUUGCGUUUCCCAGGUAUCAGAGUCUUCGACAACCAUCCUUUCUCGAUUGCAAGUGUGAGGAAAGAGGAGCAUUUGAAAUUUGUUAUUGUUCCAGGAAAGGGUCUCACUCGGAAAUUAUUUGAGAAACUUGAUUCUGCUGUGAUCAAAGAGAAAGUGAUGGUGGAUGGUCCAUAUGGAGGUACUUCCAGAGAAGUUAGUGGGUUUGAUAAUGUAUUGCUCUUUGCAACAGGAAGUGGAGUCACAGUCACUCUACCAUAUCUCACUGCUAUAGCACAGAGCAACAUCGCUACUCAAGAAGCGCAUUUUGUCUGGAUAAUCAGAAACUUGCAGGCAAUUGAGUGGAUCCAUGACGAACUAGAACGAGUGAUUGAACUUUCACAAGGAAGGAUCACUAUUGAUAUUUAUAAUGUGGAGAGCCAAAGUCCCGAGAAACUUGAAAAGUUGGAAUUUUCUUCUCCAGCAGUUAGUAUUCAUUAUGGCAAACCCAACAUUUUAGAGGUUGGACAUAGUUUCCAAUUAAGCAGAAGAAAUUUGAUUGUCAGCUCGGGCAGCGAAUCCAUGAGAAGGACCGUGAAUGAGUUGGCAUCCGAGCUUCAGACAGCCGUCAUUAGUGCUGGUGCAAACUCGCCCUAUGUUGAAGAGGUUUGUCUCCAUAGUGAAACAUUUGGAUGGUGA